AUGGUAGUGGUUGAUAAGCAUUGUGCAUGCUUUAGUAAGCAUUGUGGCAACAAUCAGUUGUUAUGGGAUGUUUCUAUUAAUGGGUAUUUGGAUGACUCUUCAAAGGAGCUACAGGAUUGUUUCUUCAAGCUUGUUGUCUCCAUGGGUUCAGCCCCAUCUGGCAUCCUUGGAGAGGCUACAGUCAAUAUGAUAGGCUAUAUGAGUUCACCUGCUCCUGUUCCAGUUUCACUAAGAUUGAAAAAGUGCAAUCAUGGGACAAUUUUACAAGUUCAAGCCCUUGAAGAAGAAUUAAAGCUGAUGAAGGACGGGAAGCAGAACCAGAGGGAGUCCAGCACUAUGAAGGUUCCUAGUUUGUCUAAAACCCAUGCUAAAGUUACUCCUGUCCAUGAAGAUAUGAAGCCCUCAAAGAAGAAUGAAGUGGUGAAAAACACUAGUCAGCAACGUGAUAAUAAAAAUAAGCAAUCCUUGAAGAAUGCUCAAGUACAAGAACUUGCAAAAGAUCAUCAGAAGCUUUGUAGCAACCAAUAUCAAAGAGAGGAUGGUAGUGGCAAUGAGAUUCUUGAUGAAAGUCCUCUUGCUGUUGGAGUCGAUCCUGCUUCAAAGAUUCAGUUGAUUCCUUGA